AUGGAGAGGCCGGUCGGACUGGCUCUGGCCGCGUCCGCAUGCACCGAUCGACGCGUCAAACCCACCCUCGAGCUCAAAGUCGCUCCUAGCGCCCUUUAUAUCUUGUCACAUGCUGCCCCUCCCCCAUCUCCCCCUUCUUCCCCUCUCCCCCCGCCCGUCCUCCUCCUCCUCCCAUGUCCUCCAAGCGUGGCCGAAAGCGCAACGACAACCUCCCCCCAAACCGCGCCCGCGAUGUCCAGCGCGCCUUCCGUGCCCGCCGCGCAGCCCAUCUCGAGGUCCUUUCUCUCUCUCUCUCUCCCCCGUCUCUUGUCUCCCGCUCACUUUCCUCCCCAGGCCCUCGAACAGCGCGUCGCAGAGCUCGAGGACGAAAACAACACCCUCCGUGCUGCUCUCAACCUCCCCCCCGCAAACCGUCUCCCGCUGGGCAAAGGGCCCACCGGCAAGGACAAGCCCAAGCCGCCCCCUACAACCCAGGCUGGCCCCUCGUUACAGAUAGCUUCCGGCUCAGGCACGUCAUCUCUCCCUCCCAUUUCUGCCCUCCCCCAUCUCUCUCCUACGACAUCCGUCCCCUCAACCAGUCGGACAGAUUCUCCCUCCUCCAAUUCCACCCGCACCACCUCUCUAUCCCCAAACAGCCUCAAUGCCGCCCUCGCCGCCCACUCCCACUCUCUUCCCGGCAUCGACUCGGCCUCCUGGGAUGACCCCAUGUUCACAGGCAAGGAUCAGCCGGAACCAACCUCUUCCUCCUCAAACACCACCCCCUACACCAUCCCUCCCGUCCCUGGCCCGUCCGCCUCCCAUUCGUCUCCUUACGCCUCCUCCGCCUCCCGUCAGUCCAUCGAAGACAUGUACAUGUCCUCUGCCUAUGGCCAUACUGCGGACAGGUCCAUGGGCGCCACAGACCCUUACUCAGGGACCAGUUCAUCAGCCUUCCUCCUCCGCGAUGAGCGCCCUACACCCCCACUCUCCCGUCUCGGCCAUAUCGCCCACAAUGCCCCCGCAGGGCGGGGGCCUCUCUCUCUCUUCGGCGUCCUACGCCCACCGCAGGUCCAUCACCGAACCGCACUACCGUCCUCCGACGCUCAACCCGAUUCCGUCAAUUCCGCAAAUGCGCCUGCCGCAGCCCCCCACACAUCCCUUGCGCGUGCCCUCGCCGUCGCAGAUGUCGGGAUCCGCCCCCUCGCAACACCCGGGGUAUGA